UCCGAGCUCCGCCUCCUACUCGUUGUCGAUAGCAGGGAGACAACAACCGAGUUUGUGUAAUUAUUCGGCCUUUGAGCUCGCUGUUUUUCGGUUGCGGUGCUCUGGUGAAAUGUCGUCUUGGUCAAAAUCAUCCAAAGCUGGUCGGCGGCCGCCGGUCAACCCCAAUGGAAGCGCUCAGCCAAUGCGAUUGUUCCGGAGAAGUGCACCCUAUCCCAGCAGGGAGGAGAGAACCGAGGAUCUCAAGGAUGCCCUGGACAGUUACAAAGAAUUAGAGCAAAAGCAAAACUACAGCGGGGGAGUGAAGUAUGAGGGCACAAAGCAUCAAUCCAACGCCACUCUAGCCAAGCCUGACACCACUGUAGCCGACAGGCGGAAAACCUUGUAUCAGAAGUUCUACAGGCAAGUGCAGGAGGAUCGAAAACCGCCUGAUUGUGUGGUCAUCUCUGUUACCAACCAAUGCCUGAAUUACCCCAAAUCGCUAAGCCAGUGCUUGCAGGAGCGUGGCCUAUCAGUGGAAAUGCUCUACCUUCAGGCGGAGUCGGGCCUGACCCGAGCCCUACAGGAUGUCCAAAGUGUUGGCUCCCCGUUAUGUAUUCUGGUGGAGCAGACAAACAUAGCUCUGUCCUCCUGCACUGUUAUCAUUUUCUCAGAGUCCCUCAAGAUCCACCGCAACAUGCCCAAAGACCAGGCCAUGGACUUUGUUGUGGCAGAGCACAGGCGUGGACUUGAUAUAGAAAGCCCAGAAAGAGACCCCGCAGAUAUUGCAGCGCAGGCAUCACAGCUUCUUGGUGAUUUUCUGGAUCGGGAAAAGAUUGAGCGCCACAUUGUCCCCUCUGAAGUCCGUCAGUUCCUCCAGCUGUUAACCGAGGGUGUUCAUCUUUACCCCGAGGAGCUAGAAGCCAUCUCACAGUAUGUCCAGUCCCGUCAGGAACACAUAGAAGCAGCAUCCAACAACAGCAAAGAAGAGAAGGACAAAGUGUUACCUUCAGUACUUGGUAAGCCGCCUCCUCUGCUCCCUACACCACCUGGACCACCCCAGUCUCCAUGUGAAGCAGGGCGGCCACCUCCACCAAUGCCACUCUUACCUUCACCAGGUUCCUACCCAAAAACCAAGCCUCCCCCUCUGCUGUCCCUGCCUCCAUCUUUACACAACCCCUACGGUGGCCCCAGUUUGCAUCGUGGCCCCCUUAUAUCCUACCCCCCCCAACGUCACCCGGGCCACAGAGGCUCCCACGGGAAUAGAGGAGCUCCACCGUCCCUCAAAAGUUCUCGCCCUCCGCUCUUAUCCACUCCAGGUGCUCCUCGUCUGAGUGGCCCCCGACACUAAAGGACAAGACAUCAGUAUUUCCAGUGUUUCACUCGUUACUCCACAUAUCCAUUCAUAUCCAUUUUUUAAAUUAUUGUUCAAUCCUUUGCCAAAUACAUACAUGGCUGAAAAAUAGUGUGGUGUGAAAAGGUGUUUGCCCCCAUCCAGGUUUCUUAUUUUUUUGCAUGUUUGUCACACUUAAAUGUUUCAGAUCAUCCAACAAAUGUAAAUAUUAAUGAAUGACAACACAGCUGAACACAAAAUGCAGUUCUUAAAUGAAACUUUAUUAUUAAAGAAGAAAAAAAAAGCCCCCCUUAGCAGCAACAACUGCUAUCAAGUGUUUGUGAUAACUUGCAAUGAGUCUCUUACAGCGCUGUGGAGGAAUUUUGGCCCACUCAUCUUUGCAGAAUUGUUGUCAUUCAGCCACAUUGGAGGGUUUUCCAGCAUGAAGCACCUUUUUAAGGUCAUGCCACAGCAUCUCAAUAGGCUUUCAGUUCUUUAGAUGUUGUUGUGGGGUCUUUUGUGACCUCUUGGAUGAGUCAUCGCUGAGGUAAUUGGGGUAAUUUUGGUUGGCUGGCCAAUCCUGGGAAGGUUCACCACAGUUCCGUGUUUUCGCCUUUCGUGGAUAAUGGCUCUCACAGUGGUUCGCUGGAGUCCCAAAGCUUUAGAAAUAUCUUUUUAACCUUUUCCAGACAGAUAGAUCUCUAUUACUUUAUUUGUUCCUGAAUUUUAUUUAGAUCUCUGCAUGAUGUCUAGCUUUUGAGGAUUUUUUUGGUGAACUUCACUUUGUCAUGCAGGUCCUAUUUAAGUGAUUUCUUGAUUGAGAACAGGUGUGGCAGUAAUGAAGCAUGGGUGUGGCUACAGAAAUGGAACUCGGGUGUGAUAAACCAGGGGCGGUGAAUUUCAUACCCGGGCCUUCAGUGGCGACUGAAGCAACUCAGUCCACCUCUUAGUAGAACUGGGCAUGAAUACCACUAUUCCAAAACCCAUCUAACCCUUUAUCUGCAAUACUUUGUAAACUUGCUUAUUAUUACUUUUUCACAUGGGCCCAUGUAGGUUUGUAUUUUUUUUCGUCCUUAAUCAUAACAGGUUUCAUUUAAAACAGCAUUUUGUGUUUAGUUGUGUUGUCAUUGACUAAUAUUUACAUUUUGCUUGAUCUGAAACAUUUAAGUGUGACAAACAUGCACAAAAAAUACAAAAUCAUGUAGUGGGCAAACACUUUUUCACACCACUGUAUAUUAAUCUGACUUGGAUUAAUAAUUGUAAUAAUGGAUUGGGUUUAUAAUGCGCCUUUCAAGAUACUCAAAGGACUUGACAGUGAAACCCCAUUGUUCAUUUGCAGUCACACUGGUGGUCGUAAAUUCAAUCUGUAACCACAUCUGCCCUGGUAGACGUGGCUGCCAUGUUGUUUCUAUCGUACAGUAUGUACCCUAUAUUUUUUCUUUGCACAAUGUACAAAAUGAGUGCAGUUUUCAAAAAUCCAGUAUUCCAGGUGGUCUUGUUACAAGUUGUUUAAUAUUUCAUAGACGAAAAACAUUGUUCCUUUUGUCCCAAUGAAGCAAUGACCACUGUCGAACUCGUUUGGUAUAAAGUUGCACAAAAGAAAACUUUGUUUACUUUGCCAGUGCUUUGUGUAGCUUAAGUAGCUUCAUGUGUUUCCACAAUAGCAAUGUAUUUAUUUGUCCUCACCGGGACCAGUUUGUUUUUUUCAUAUCAGAUUCAGGUGGAAGGAUUCGCCAGAAUGUGUAAAUGAAUAAAUAUCGCAUACAAUGCUGUUCGUGCCGGA